AUGUCGCUGUUCCGCAGUGCGAUCCGCGCGCCUCUUCGCGUCGCGGGACCUUCGUGCGGGGCCGCACCGGCGGCUCGACGUGGUCUCGCCACUGCUCGUGAGGAAAGGCCAGAGCAAGCGAACAGCCCGUGGGCCAAGUCUAGUCCUUCAGCCCCCACAACUACUUCGCACACGGUCGAGGAGCUGCAUGGACUCAGCAUUGAUGAGAUUCUCAAAGAAGGAGGAUCGCGAAAGGAAGCUAGUAUGCGUCACUUUACCAUCAACUUUGGGUGAGUUGAGCGGCUUGCGUACGAGGGACACCAAGUCCUCGCUAGCGAGAUGUGCUGAUGACGACCAUUCAUGGUGUCACGCAGACCUCAACAUCCCGCAGCGCACGGCGUGCUUCGGCUGAUUGUGGAAUUGAAUGGCGAGCAAGUGCUCCGCGUGGACGUGAGUAUCUCUUUUCAGGAUGCGCUUUCCGUCGAUUCAAACUCGGCAUCUGACUGCUAGACCAUCUCACCAAACGUUCACCUGCAGCCCCACGUCGGCUUGUUGCACCGCGGCACAGAGAAGCUCAUCGAGUACAAGAACUACACUCAGGCGCUUCCCUACUUUGACCGACUCGACUAUGUCAGCAUGAUGACCAACGAGCUCUGCUACUCGCGAGCAGUCGAGAAGCUGCUCAACAUCGAAGUUCCCGAAAGAGCCAAAUGGAUCAGGACGCUGUUUGGAGAGAUCACCCGCAUUCUCAACCACUGCAUGGCCGUCCUCUCGCACGUGAUGGACGUCGGAGGUCUCACGCCAUUCCUCUGGGCUUUCGAGGAGCGUGAAAAGCUGAUGGAGUUCUACGAGCGAGUCUCUGGUGCACGUCUGCACGCCGCCUACGUGCGACCGGGAGGAGUGGCGUUCGAUCUGCCACAUGGUCUUCUGGACGACAUUCACAAGUGGGCGACGCAAUUUUCAUCGAGAGUAGAUGAGAUUGAGGAGGUUGUCACUAGCAACCGUAUCUGGAAAAUGCGGACCAUUGGCGUGGGUAAGGUGACCGCGCAGCAAGCUCUCGACUACGGCUUUUCUGGACCCAUGCUUCGCGGUUCGGGAAUUCCUUGGGACAUUAGGAAAGUUGCCCCGUACGAUGCGUACGACCAGGUCGACUUUGACGUGCCAGUCGGCAAGAAUGGUGACUGCUACGACAGAUACCUUUGUCGGGUGGAAGAGUUCAGGCAAAGCUUGCGCAUCAUCGAGCAGUGCUUGAACAAGAUGCCCGCUGGCCAGUACAAGGUGGACGACUACAAGAUUGUGCCCCCUCCCCGUGCCACCAUGAAGGAGAGCAUGGAGGGUCUCAUCGCCCACUUCAAGCAAUUUUCUGAAGGGUACAACGUUCCGCCUGGCGAGACGUACUCGGCGAUCGAAGCGCCAAAGGGAGAGAUGGGUGUUUAUCUCGUUUCGGACGGAUCUAACAGGCCAUACCGGUGCAAGAUCAGAGCCCCAGGGUGAGUGCGCCGUGUCACUCGCAUUUUUCUCUUGGCUAUUCUGAUAGAUUGUGUUGCCUUGUCUCAGAUUUGCACACUUGGCAGGAGCGAACAUGAUGUCUCAAGGGUUGCAACUUGCAGAUUUGUGUGCUAUGUGAGUGUCCUGACGCUCGCAUCUAUCAAACCCGACUCACACUCAACCGACGUCCUCUUCCUGACCGCUCGCGCGUCUAUAGCAUCGGGGUGAGUGACGCGCUUGGUGACGUUGCUUUGUAAGUUAGAUUACCUGCUGACCUUGCUAUCUGCUACCUUUCGCAGACUCAAGAUCUCGUAUUUGGCGAAGUUGACCGUUAG